GCGCGCGCUCAGCAAAAAACAGGUGUGUUAUCCAUCUGCCUUAUAUUGCUUAGUUGUGUGUUUUUAAAUGUAGUAAGUGUAAUAAUUCCCAACAACGCUAUGGACGAAUCAAUUUUUAAAGAUAAAUACCAAAAGUACAAGCUGCGCGUCAAGAUAUGGGAGAACGAUUUCAAAAAGAAACACGGCCGAGUGCCCUCCAAGUACGAUAUAAGAGAGGCCAGCCAGGAGAUACGCGACUCUUACAAAAUGUAUUAUAAGCUGAAGACAUCGUUUCUCGAGGAGACCCUCAACGAUGUGCUCAGCGAAGAUGGUUUCGAUGUGCUGGAAAUGACGCAAUCCGAGGAUUUGGGUGUCUCAACACUCGAUGACGGUCCACAGCUGCCGAUGGACAUUUCCGCAUUGGUGCAGCAAAGCAACAGUGAGAGUUUCUCCAAUAUUCAAGAAUUGCCUACGCCACAAGCGCUCAGUAAUCUGGCCAAUCUCGAUGAGAAUCAUGUGAUACGCAAAUUUGAGGCUGCCGAAGAGCUAGCCCAAAAUCAAACCGCCUGGGGUGAAAACGUAAGCAAAAAGCAACCGCCACCAGUGGAGCAGCAGAACACCUCUUUGGAUGAGUCCGCCAAGUCAAAAACGCCCAGCAUUAAACCGAGCAUAACCAACAAACUGUUUCAAUCGUCUCGCAGCUUUGCCAAGCGCAAUCCUCGCAAGCCUAUGUCACGCAGCUCCCUCAAUAUGAGUGCAUCGAGUGUGCUCAAAGGCGACAACGAUGCAUCAAUGAUGGAGCAGCUGCCCGACCUGGAAACGAUACUCAUACGCAAGGCACAAGACUUUAAGGCCGCAGAAGCUAUUGCUGGCAAUGCGCUGCUAGCGGCGGAUCCAAAGGCAAGUAAGGAGGCCAUCAAAACACAUGUGGAUGAACGUUGGUUGCAACGCAACACGGCGCAGAACUCACUGGAGCCACAAAUGGGGCAAAUGGAGCCGGAACCCAAUAAUAAUGCUACGCCGGCUGGCAAAAAACACAAUUUUGGACUGUCCAACAUCGAUGUUAGCAAGCUGAAGCCAACAGUGAUGAAAUUAGAAGAGCCGCCACAGGAGCAGCCAGCUGUAGUGCAGCCAGCUCCAGUGCUGCAAGCUGCCGCUACGCCAACUGCAACAGCGCCAGUUGUUGAGGAUUCCGACUCGGAUUCGGUGGUGGAGGAGAGCGAGGAGGAAGCAGAGCAGCCAGAGUACCGUCAAAUUGCUAAGCGGCGAAAGAUAAUGACCACAAAUGAUUCUCCGUCAGCGCUGACCGAAGUAAAGCGGGCAACUGAGCCAGCACAAAGUAUUGAUCCGCCACAAAUUGAAAUGGAGCAGAAGCUGGAGGCGGGGGAGGAGGAGGAGGAAGAGGGUAAAGACUUUUCGGCGGAUGAGGAACGUGAUGCAACUUACGAGCCAGAGCAAACGAAGAAGGCGAAGCGCAAGCAGGCCACUGCCAAACGCCAAAAACCCAAAGCUGAAAAGAAGCCAGCAGCAAAGCCCAAGACUGAAAAGCAGCCGAAGGCAGAAAAGCAACCGAAGGCGGAGAAGCUGCCAAAGCAAACGAAGCCACGUGCUGUAAAGGGCAAAGCCAAGGCAGCUGCUAAUGAGGCAGCCGAGGAGGGGGAACCCGAGGAGCAGCCACUCAAUCCCGAGGAUCUCAAGUAUGUGCUCGCCCUGGAGUCGGGCGACAUUACAUCUGUGCCGCGCAUCCAGGCCAACGACUUGGAGCAAGCGGACGUUGUGGCGCAACGUUACAUUAGCAACUUUGCUGCUGGAACGGGAGCCAGACCAAGUGCCACGAUCGAUGAGAAGCGAGCCAUGGCGCGCAAGAAGCUGGAAGAGAAAAUCGCAUCUGGCAAGUUGAACGAGAACUUUGUCACCAUCAACAUACAGAAGAAGAAAUUUGCACGAGGCAAAAAGUCCAUCAAUUUCUCCAAGUACAAGAAGCAACAGUGGCGUCACAAGAAACGAGUAGCAGCUUUGACUGGUCCCGACAUGGACAUGGGUGGAUGUGAUGGUGGUGUGCUCACCUGCUUCAAUUGUGGUGGAGUCGGACACUUUGCCCAGAACUGCAAGGUAAAAGGCGAUGCGUUGUUGCCAUUGAGCGCUCAGCUUGAAGAGGAUCCAUCGCCAUUUCCCACGCUGGAGGAGGCGGAACAGAUGGCCACGCAGGGCGCACUGGCGGCGCACAGUCGCAACAUUGAGCGGCUGCCUCAGGCAGCCAAUGCAGCCAUCUAUCAAGGUGCCAAUAGCAGCAGCAGCAGCAGCGAUGAAGAGGAGGAAAAUGCUGCAGUUGAAAUGGAUGUAGAUGAAGCAAGCGGUACAGUCGAUGAACCACACAUGUCCAGCGAUGACUCUGACAUGGACUUUGAAGCACUCGAUGCUGCAGUUGCUUCCUCGCAAACGGCAAAACAGGUCUCGCCCAUUAAGAGCUAUGUGGGUCACAAGAUACCCGAGGAGUUUCUCAAGCAGGCGGGCCUGGAUGCCAGCUCCACUACCGGCCAGGUGCGUAGUGGUCAUGGUGGCGUCAAACCUCUCUACGAUCUCAAUGCGGAUGGUAGUGUGCAAGAGCUAACAGCGGAGGUCACCGAAGCGCUGCAUUUGUUUGGCCACAAGGACUUUCGCAAGGGUCAAGAUCGCGCUGUCAUGCGGAUACUCAGCGGACUGUCCACGCUGGUCACUCUCAGCACGGGCAGCGGUAAGUCGCUCUGCUACCAAUUGCCUGCUUAUCUAUACAGUCGUCGUGUGGGAGCAAUCACCUUGGUCAUCUCGCCGCUGGUGUCGCUUAUGGAGGAUCAAGUGACGGGAGUGCCGCAUUUUCUGCGUGCUCAUUGCCUGCACACGAAUCAGACGCCGCAGCAACGGAUGAAGAUACAACAACUGAUUGCCAAUGGCGAGAUUGAUAUACUUCUCGUAUCACCCGAGGCUGUUGUGUCCGGAGAGCGUGCGACUGGUUUUGGUGCCAUAUUGCGAACGUUGCCGCCUAUUGCUUUUGCCUGCAUCGAUGAGGCGCAUUGUGUGUCGCAGUGGAGUCACAAUUUUCGUCCCAGCUAUCUGAUGAUCUGCAAGGUGCUCAAGAAGAAUCUGGGAGUGCAAACAGUUCUGGGUUUGACGGCCACAGCAACGCUGCCCACGCGCAUCAGCAUUAUUAAUCACUUGGGCAUUACGGAUGGCGAGCGAGGCAUUAUCAGUGAUAUUCCUCUGCCCGAUAAUCUUGUACUCUCGGUGUCCAAGGACGAGAACCGCGAUGCGGCGCUGCUGCAGCUGCUUAACAGCGAGAGAUUUGAAAGCUGUCAGUCGAUCAUCAUUUAUUGCACAAGACGUGAUGAGUGCGAACGCAUUGCCGGCUUUAUACGAACCUGCAUGCAGGAUCGCAAGUCAACAGCUGAACCAGAGCAGACGAAGAAGAAGCGCAAGCGUGUCAAUUGGCAGGCGGAACCUUAUCAUGCCGGCAUGCCCGCAUCCAGACGACGUACAGUGCAGAACGCCUUUAUGGCGAACGAGCUGCGCAUUGUGGUGGCCACCAUUGCCUUUGGCAUGGGCAUCAACAAGCCGGACAUACGUGCUGUUAUCCAUUACAAUAUGCCACGGAAUUUCGAGAGCUAUGUGCAGGAAAUUGGACGCGCUGGUCGCGAUGGCCUCACUUCGCAUUGUCAUCUCUUCUUGGAUGCCAAGGGCAAUGAUCAAAGCGAACUGCGGCGUCAUGUUUACGCCAAUUCGAUUGAUCGACAUGUCAUCCGCAAGCUGCUACAACGCAUUUUUGUGCCCUGUUGCUGUGACAAGCAGCGUGCUGGAGGCAGCAGCAGCAACAGUGCAGCAGCUGUCGAGGAAGCCACUGUAAGUGAGUUAAAAGAUGCGGCGGAUUUCAGUGAUACAUCUGGCGCUCGAGUGCAUAUCUGUCCCGGCCAUGAGAUUGGUUUCUCGGUGGAGCAAACUGUCGAGGCACUUGACAUACCAGCUGAGAAUAUAUCGACGCUGCUGUGCUACAUGGAGCUGGAGCCACGCUGGUGCAUGAAUGUGCUCAGUUCUGCCUACAUUAUGGCCAAAGUCAUCUCCUACGGCGGUCCCAAAUACCUCAAACAUGCAGCCAAGGAAUGUCCGCCGCUGGCCAUGGCUAUUGCGCUACAGAUCAAGAAUAAGACGUUCAAGGAAGACGCCAACAUCAUAGAGUUCUCUGUGAUUGAUAUUGCUGCUGGCAUCGGCUGGAACAGCGGUGUGGUCAAGUAUCAGUUAAAGAACCUCGAGUGGAUGCAAAUCAACGGCUAUCCCAAGCGCUCGCCUAUUACCGUCAGCUUCUUUGAUCUCGGUUUUCGCAUCAAGGCACCGGGAGAUUUCAGUGAGGCGGAAAUUGACAAUGCCUUGGAUACGCUGUACUCUCGCUCUGUUAAGCAGGAGCGCACCCAGCUCAUUCAAUUACAGUAUGUGGCACAUGGUUUGUCCGCUGUGGCUUACAACAUGUGUGUUCAUUGCUGUAGCGUCGAUUUUCCGCAAGAUCGUUCCACUCAAUUGAAGGGCAUUGUGCGCAACUACUUCCGCAAUGAUUAUCCGCAAGAUUUGGAGCUGGAAAUUGAGCCAAGUAAUGUGCCAGAUGACCACAUUAUUUCCGAUGUUCAUGCUCUGAUCAACAUGUAUCCCGAUAAUACGUUCAGUGGCCGCAACAUUGCACGCAUUUUCCACGGCAUAACGAGUCCCAAUUAUCCGGCCGUAAUGUGGGGCCGCUGCAGCUAUUGGCGCGCACACACUAAAGUUGAUUUCAAUCGCAUUCUCAAGCUGGCCAACCUGGAGAUUGUGAAGCGACGUACGUGA